CCCGCACUCUCCUUUUCUGCCUGGUCAGGGCGCUGAAGGAUGUCGAGGCCUGCCCGGUCCACACGAAUCGCGGCACGGCAUUUCGCUUCUGUGGCGGCGCAAGGUGCACCGUUCCGGGUCGCACCCGCAACAGCACCGCUGAGCCCGCCUGGCACCGACACGAGGUGGGCCCCCCCUCGCAAGCUGCGAGGGCCGCCAGAGCCCCUCGCCGCGGGCAGCCCCGGCGUCCAGGCGCGCGGGCCGAGGCGCCAGGCUGCGCCGGAGCCCGCAGCUCGUCGCGGCAGCAGAGUACAGUUCGGGCGUUGGCAGGACUGUGUUUACAGCGCGGCGGCGGAAGGCUGAGGGCGGCUGGGAGGGAGGGGGCUGGGAGUGCUCCAGGCUACGGGAACAGGCUCCGAGGCUACGCUGGCUGUAUGAAGGCCCUUCGCCAACCACGCACGCGAAGCUCAGGGAUGGUAUGCGCCUCGCUUUGACAACAUGCGUGCUCGGACGUCGUGGUGAAACGAAUAACUUGCCGUGUGGGGUGCAAAGCCGCUCGCAACAGCAAGUAACGAGGAAGAGAGGAGUCAAGACCUACUUGAUGGAGCAAGCCAACAUUCUAAUCGGCAAGUUUUUAAAAGUCCAGGGCAAACUGGACAGGUUGAAUAGGUCAGACGACGAUUGCAAACUAGAACCACGCGCGCGCUUCGCACGCGCUCAGGUUUUCGGAGAGACGCAGUGCGAACCAGACGCGCGUCAUGAACAACACAGCG